UCCCUCCUCCCUUUCGCGCUUCGGCUCCUUCAGGGAGCCGAUGCAGGAGCGUGGUUUGGGGGCUGGUCUCGUGUCUAUCCAAGUAACAAGGCCCAUUUUUCACUAGAGCGCCUAUCAUCGGCACUGGUUGUUAAAAUUGUGGGUCACGGCUAAUCAUAGGUAGGGGCUUUCCUCGUUCAUGUCGAGCUGUGUUGCCAAAACAAAAUGCCAUUGGAGGUAUGGGUGUAAGCUCUGCUGCAACAACCCCACCCUUUUGGCAUGGCGUUUAUAUCUGAAGUUGGGUGGGUGGAUCAUUUGAGCUGGUUUUACUGUUAAAGUUUUGGCAGUGGACAAAAAACUAUUCCAAAGAAAUGAGUUGUAUUCAAUGGUUGCAGGCUUCUGUGUACACGUACUUUAUGCGGGUGGGUGCAAAACUGAGUUACACCGGAAUGGGUUGAAAUGAGUAGCUGAGUAAAGGAAUUCUCAUUAAGAUUUUGCACCAAGUUAACUCAAGCUGAUUUUAAUCAAUACCUAUGGCCUAAAUUCAUAAAGCGGCCCAGAUGUUACACCCAUUAUUUGUGUAAUGCAAGUGACUGCAGCUCAAAGUUAAUCUGUAGUGGAGCAGGACAUGGCAGUAUAGAAGUUCUUCAAAAAUCCCUUGCUUGGUUUGUCAUCCCUUCAGAAGAGGUUUGAAUGCAACUCUUACACAAGACCCAGCUAAGUGGAUUGUCAAGUUGUCUUGGAAAAAAACCCACAAUAACUCAUCAGAAGAUGUUUCACAUUUUUCAGUAUCAGCCUUUAAGACUAAUAACCCAAAACAGUCUUUCUAGCGUGUGUUUAAAACUGAUGCUUUCAAGACCUGUUGCAUUUGCACAGAUAUGGAAGUCAUGGUUAUCAAGUCAUUCUCUUCUUGGAAAGAAAAAUAUUAUCCUGAUGGGACCUCCAGGUGCUGGGAAAACAACAGUUGGGAGAAUAGUAGGCCAGAAACUGGAUUGCCCUGUCAUAGACAUAGAUGACGAUGUCCUUGAAACAACGUGGAAUAUGAGCGUGUCAGAAAAACUGCAGGAUGUUGGUAAUGAGGAAUUUCUAGAGGAGGAAGGAAAAGCCCUGUUGAAGUUCUCAGCAUCUGGAAGUGUAAUUUCCCUUAGCGGGUCCAAUCCAAUGCACGCUGCUGGCAUGCAGCACAUGAAGAAAAAUGGAAUAGUUGUAUAUCUGGAUGUGCCCACAACAGUCAUUAUGAGCAGGCUGAAAUCAAAGGAAAUGGAUCGUAUAGUGGGCCUGUCUCCUGGUAUUUCUCUCAAGGACAUACUUCAAUUUAGGAAGCAGUUCUACAAAAGGUGGUUUGACAUCCGUGUUCUUUGUGGAGGGGAUAUUGCAGCAGAGGUUGUAGCAGAAAAGGUACUUGAUGCUGUGAAGAGAUACCAAGACUCAGAACUGGAAACUUUCAUUUCAACGAGGUCUAGUAGGUCUGGAAGGAGUACGGAAGAAGACUCUCAUAAAUUCUAUUUCAGUGACGUUGUUACUCAGGGCUUAGCCCUUGAUGGAGGACUCUUUGUUCCUGAGAGAGGGCUUCCAAAAUUCACUGCUGAAGAAUGGCAAGGUCUGAUAGAAGCAACUUACACUGAAAGAGCCCAGGUGAUACUAGAAAGAUGCAUACAUCCUGAUGAUAUUCCUGCUUCUAAGCUGGCAGAAAUUAUUGAAACUGCAUAUGGAGAAAACUUUAGUUGUUCUAAAAUUGCCCCAGUUAGGCAUCUGGCAGGAAACCAGUUCCUUCUUGAGUUAUUUCAUGGACCAACAGCAUCGUUUAAAGAUUUUGCAUUACAGUUGAUGCCACAUUUAUUUGCUUACUGCAUUCCCAGAAGUUGCAAUUACUUGAUUCUGGUAGCUACUUCUGGGGACACAGGGAGUGCUGUUCUAGAUGGCUUUAGUCGUCUCCAUGACACUGACAAACAGAGAAUUGCUCUGGUGAAUUUUUUUCCUGAGGAUGGAGUAAGCCCAAUUCAAAAAUCACAAAUGAUUGGCUGUCAGAAAGAAAAUGCUUGGUCAGUGGGUGUCAAAUCUGAUUUUGAUUUUUGCCAGACAGCUAUAAAGCAAAUCUUUACUAACUCUGAUUUUACUGGCUUUCUUACAGUAGAAUAUGGAACAGCUUUAGCUGCAGCAAACUCCAUAAACUGGGCACGACUGCUUCCUCAGAUAGUUUAUCAUGCCUCUGCAUACCUUGAUCUUGUUCAUCAAGGUAUUAUUUCUUUUGGAAGCCCUGUAGAUAUUUGCAUUCCUACGGGAAACUUUGGCAACAUGUUAGCUGCUCUCUAUGCUAAAAUGAUGGGCAUUCCUAUUAGAAAAUGUAUUUGUGCUUCCAAUGAAAACAAUGUUUUGACUGACUUCAUAAGAACAGGUGUUUAUGAUUUGAGGGGAAGAAAAUUAGUUUCCACUUUUUCACCAGCAGUAGAUAUUUUGAAGUCCUCCAAUCUUGAGCGAUACUUACACCUGAUUGCUAAUGAAGAUGGACAACUGGUGACAAAAUUAUUUAAUCAGCUGGAAAAUCAGGGCCACUUCCAGCUGCAGAAAGAUCUACUUGGAAAGCUUCAACAGGACUUAGUGGCUGGCUGGUGCUCUCAUGAGGACUGCCUGGCUGCCAUUCACUCUGUGUACAGUACCACAGGAUAUAUUUUGGAUACACACACAGCUGUAGCUAAAGUAGUUGCAGAUCGAUUACAAGAUAGAACUUGCCCAAUUAUUAUUUCAUCUACAGCUCAUUAUUCUAAGUUUGCACCUGCUAUCUUGAGGGCCUUGAGGAUUGCAGAAAUAAACCAGAAUCCAUUAAGUCAGCUACACCUGCUGAGUUCUUACAGUGCUCUGCCUCCAAUCCACUGGGGCCUAUUAGAGACCCUGAAAAAGACAGGAAAUGGGGAUCACCAGGUCUGUGCUGCUGAUAUGACUGCACUGAUGUCCCAUAUAGAAACCUUAAUUCAAAAUCAUUUUAUGAAAGUUUUUUGAGCAACUGAUCCAAUGUCCACAAUUGUAAUACCUUCUUAACAAGCUGCAUGUUUUACUAAAGCCAUUGUUCAUCUGGCCUGUGUCCAGUCCACAGCUUAUCACACAGUUUUAGAUUCAGUUGUCGAGCUUUCAACAGUAUUUGUAAGUAAUGUGUGAGAUUUCUAGUGGUGGUGAAAGGUUGUGAAUCGAGAGUGUAAAACUGUUAAGAGGAAGAGCAUUUUGCGGAUCACACACAGUAGAGAAGCCAGUACUGCUGGCUUUCCUUGGCAGUGCUGUCUCCUUCACAAGCCUGAAGGAUCCUCGAUGGAAGGAGGCAGAUAAUGAAGUCUGACCUUUCUGGAACUAAUAGCUCGGGUUUUGUUGCCACAAUGAUGUGAACCUUUGGUCAGUGGAUGUUUUAAUUAAACUUCCACUCAUUUCACUUAGGGCACUGAAACAUAAUAAGAUAAUAAAAUGGUGUUCAUAUGUUACUAACGAGAGUUGAUUUCACUACAAAGAUUAAAGUAUCCUUGUAUUAUUAUUAAUCCUUGAACCAUUGACUUUUGUGAUAUAUUACCUUCUAUGUAUUGUGUGGCCAGUGUCUAAGUAAAAAAAUCUGAUCUUUUUUUUUUAAUACCUUUUUCUCCCAAAUAUUUUCCUGUGUCAAAUAGAAAACCUAAUUCAAUAUUUUUAAUAUAUUUGAGGUGUGGCUCUUCCUCCACUGUCUUGUAGUCUUUUUCCUAGAUGUUUUUUAUUUGAACUUUCAACUUUAGAAUCCUUUUUUAGUACUAUAGGAGAAUCUGCUAGUAGUAACAGCCAUCUUCUUAAAUAAGAAUCAGACUUCACCAUUUAUUUGCAUAUGUUUUUUGUAUUAUGUUUUGUCUUUGAGAUCAUAUAGCUUUUCUUGUUCUAAUACUUAUGUUUUCAUAUUUUUCAUAAGUUAAUUUCCUUGAUGUUCUGUUCUAUUCAUGCUUUGCAUGAAUUAGCGUAAGAAAUAAGCUUCCCAAAUUGCUUGGCAUCUCAUCAAGGAAAGUGAAGGAUGAAUUCCAGUGUGAUAGCAUCAGAAGUGUUCAUUAUGUAACCUAAAAUAUAUCUACGUGGUUUUGCUAAUGACAGGCUCUUUGCUUUUUUUUUUUCCCUGAAGAAAAAAUAGACUGGAUUAUCCUGGGAGAUCAUGUGGUUAUGGACAAAUGUAUUCUGCUAAUUGAAGAUUAUAUUUCGCAAGGACAUAAACUACAUUUCACACUAUGAGAAAUGGUAAAAUGAUGUAUUGGAAGUUUUGAGUGGCAUGCAGUUAAAGGUAAAGAGCUAAGAGUCUUCAGAUAUAAGGACAUAUAGAUAUGGGAAGUUGUGUUUCCUACUAAGAUUCAAAUAAUCUGGUAAUUGAUAACAUUUUUUUUUGCCUCUUCAGUAGGCAACAUUUCCUACAUUCUCUUGGGGCUUUGAACUGUUGCCGUAUCUGACAGCUUCCUCUAUGUGCCUGCUUGUACUUUUUGCCACACUAGAAGUGAACAAGACACCAUCUGGCAAACUAUUUUAAAGAAUUGUCAUUUCCUCCAGCGUAAGGUAAAAGUCUCAAGCGUGAUGUGCCUUUGCCACAGUGAAUCCAUACGCAGUAUCAUUAAAUGUAGCUGAGAACAUGGGUGUGACACAGUAGCUUUCUAGAUUCUCCCAUUCUUAGAUACUUUUUUAGGACCUUUCUAGUUCUUUGCUCAAACCUCAUUCACUAUGUCUGCAGGAACUUUGAAAAAUAACUUUUUGUUUUCAUGGAAUUGUGAACAGACCAGGUUGGAAGUGAUCUGAAAACAUCCGGGCCAAUCUUUUGUGACUAAGGGAGCCUAGAUGAGACUAUGUAGCACCCUGUCCAGUUAUGUCUUAAAAACUUCCAGAGAUGGAGACUCUUCCACAUUGCUGGGGCGACUGUUCCAGUGAUUGUGUUCUCACUGAAAAAAUUUGUUUCUUAUAUCAAAAUGAACCUUCUCCUGGUGCAGCUUCCCCCUUGUCAUCUCCAUAUGGCUCCUUGGAAGAGAGAGCCUCCAAUCUCUUCCUAACCACCACUGAAGCAUUGGAAAACUGUGCUGAAGUGCCCACUGAACCUCCUCCAGUGUGGAAAGAUUUGACUUACUCAGUGUCCUUGUAGGGCAGGGGAAUUUUCAUCAUUUUCCAAACAUGGCAUGAGAAAGACCAUGAUUAUGUAAUUAAAAAAAAAAUCCAAGUCCUGUAAGAAAAAGUUUCAUAAGCAUAUUGCCAAGAAAGAAGCAAUGCUUGUAUCAGUGUUGAGUGAACAUCCACCUUGUAUUUCUGUAUGUUCCAGUCUGAUUCUUACAGUAAUUCCAAGUGGGAAAAAAAUGUAAUUUUUUUCUCUGGAUGUGCUCCGUACAAAACCAGAAUUCUAAAUCUUGAAAACAGAAAAAAAAAAAAAAACCAAACAAACCAAAUUGCCUGGAUUGAAUUACUGGGACAAGGUUUGGUUUCAGCAUACAGACUUGGUGGAAAUCCUGCAGUACCUAGUUCCAUGGGGCUUAAUUCAAUUUGGCAUGACAGGGCAAUUUGUCACACACUGUUACAAUACUUUGUGGAAACAUCUUCAAAGAAGAGCUUGUCUUCUUAGAAAGUACCUGAGAGGGAAGAACUGAGAUUCUAAACAAGAUAAGACUAGAAGCCAACAUCCUACCCUGAGAUAACUCAGUGUUAGAUAAACUGGUCAGAAAUAAACUAGCAGGGGUUUUAUUUUGGCAUGACUUAAUCAUUAUUUCAAAGUUCAUGGCAGUAACCCAAGUAUGAUUUGAAUUUCUAGUUGCUGCUUUCCUAUCACAUGAGCCAUUAUAGCAGUUGAUAUAAAUUAAAUAAGUAAAAAAAUGAGCACUUGUACUUAGGUAAGGGCUUUCAACGUGGACUAAAGGUGUAUAAGGGCAGUGGUUAAUGAGCACAUACAGUAUUAAUAAAUUUCUCAGAGUGUCUGUUAACUUCAGUAAACUAUUUUUGUGCACUACAUCUGCUUGUGGAUCCUAGUAAUGGACAUUACAAAAUGCUGCAGUAGUGUUGUGAUCCUGGAUGUACACAGUAUUUGUGACCUGGUGUUAAUGCUGUGUUCUCGUAGCUGUAGUGUACAGUCUUUUGUUCUGCAGGGCCUACAGGAAUGGAAGGGAAAAAAUUUCCAGCAUGCUCAGAAUAGCUGGCUGUGUGUACAUAGGAUAGCAAUCCCCCUUUCUUCCCAGCUUAGAUUUUCUUAGUGUCAGUAAUAUACCGUAGUUCAACAAAUAUUGUGCUACUGUUAUAGUCCUUUUUUUCCCCACUGUCAGUAUGAUGAAAGAUUCAAAAGGCAUUAAAGACUGGGCAUAAGUGCCCUUUUUGUCUUGUGUGUUCAGCGUGCAGACACUGUGCACACUGAGUGCUGCCAUACGUUAUUUUCUAUUAACGUCUUAAGGCAAAGGUGGUGUGCCAAUGGUACAGAACAGCAAAUCUAUAUUGUGCUGGUUAGCAGGAUUCUUUAAGCCAUUUAGGUUUGCUGUGUACACAGUUCGUUCCUAUUUGUCUAGCAGGAUGUUGCAAUAUCAAUCAACAAAAUCCAGGUUGAUGGAGAGUGUGAGCAUGCAGAACUACACAUUUCCACUGGCUUUGUUGACCCAGAGUAAUAACAUAGCUUUAGUUAAGCUGUUAUUCUUCUGUACAGAUAAAUCUUUGCUGAACACUUGCUACUACAUGGAAAACCUUAGGGACAAAUUGAACAAAUGUAAGGACAAAUAUAAUGUCUAUGUUUACACUUUUUAUUUAUGUGAGAAAUGCUUUGUUUUGCUUACAGAUGUACCAGGUGCUCAUUACUUGCAUUUAGUCACAGCCCUUCUUCUCAGGGUGACAGAGAGUAAUGUAAGGUAAAGGAUGAAUAGAGCAUCAGAAGAUAAUUUUGUGUUCUUAAUAUUUUAUGAUCUAGAAAGGAUUGCUGUUUACAGUUUUGAGGUGCUGGAACAUUUUAUCUGAUGGAACUCUACAGGGAAGAUUCUUGUUGUUCAAAAGGUCAGCUUUGCUUUCAAGGACAUCAAGAACAGACAUUGCUAUUAAGUAUAUCAUGUUUGGCAUACCUGAAAUACACAUUACUCAUUUGUAUCCACUGUAUUUUUUUCUAAAUAAAUACUGCAGGAUCCACACUAUAGCACUUUCUUUGCAAAUAUGUUUGUAAAUCCUUAUCAAUCUGCUAUGAAGAAAAUCUACUAAAAUAAGUGGUUUUCGGAGUUUGAUAUUCUUAAGUCAUGAAAGAUGUGUUCCAUCCUGUGUUUCCUUGAAAAUUAGGGGUAUAGUUGAUGACAAUGUCGUAAUUCACUGCUAAGACUAAGGUUUUAGUGAGAUAAUCUGCAUCAUUCUGGAAGGAAGUAUGUAUAGAAAAAGAAACACAGAUCAAAACCAGCAAAUGUCUAAACACUCUGUUUACAUUGCACCACAGACUUGUCCAGUGCUGCAUGCAAAGCCUGUAUUCUGAGGAUUAGUAUGGAAAAGCAAAUCUCUGACUGUUUAAUAUUUCUUAUUCAUGUUUAGUUCAGUGGAGAGAUGAGCUAGUUGUCUGUUAGCUGUUGUGAAGCAACUUUGGUACACUUCUAAUAUCAUUUCAGGAUCAUGGGCUUAAAAAUUACUUGAAUGGUUUAAACAGCAAUGAGCAGUUAAUGUCAGAGAAUUAAUGUGAAUGGGCCAUUGAUUCUGAACAUGUAUUAGCAGCUUAAGGAGGAUUUAAAUGUCACUGUGUUUUUUCACAGCAGUUACAAUGUGCUCAGCUUGCUUAUGAGAACUGGGAAGCUGGUGCUUCAGAUUUUUCAGAAUGUAGCAAUCUAAAAGAUGACUCUUGCUCUUGCUCUCCAGUUUAGCUAAAACUUUUGAAGAUCUCCUAGACAUAGAUCUGUUUGUCCCUUUUACUCGAGAAGACUUUAUUCCCUGAUAAAUGUUUAAAAUGCUGUCUGGCCUCUUUCUUGACUGUAUAGGAAAAUUAUUUAGCAGAGUUAAGAAAACACCUGAUUUACUUGCUUAUGUACAGUAUCUUAUAGAAUUUAACCAAGGAGAGCAUCCACAGUGUGUUCCUUGUGCAACAUAGGAACACAUUUUUCAUAAAAAGUGUAUCUCAAGUUUCAUGAAAUCAGUUACAUAGCACCAGCAUUGUUACUCCAGCAUUUUAUUUAGAUAUUUUGUCACUGAGAUUUGGAAUAGACUUAGAUUUUCAAACAGUUUAUUUUAUUUUAAAGAAGUUAUUGUUAUAGAAACAUGCAAGGUAUCACCCCCAAAUUUAAAAUUCAUCAUGACAAUAAUUGAGUCAAACCCAAAACACCUUGAAAUGUAAAUCAGAAAGGAAUGACUGAACAGAUUUGUUAUGUGCAUUCACACAGGAUUUGGCUCUUAACCAUGAGUUUAUUAAGAACAUAGGAGGAAAUAAAGUAAUGAUUGUUCAAAUCUACAAAUGCCACGAAACUUAAAUACUAAGGAGCCACUUAAUCAGAGCAAGAUUAAUUGCCUGGUUAGGAGCUGUAAGCAAUUUGCAUUUCAUUCUGGCCUAAAGCAGACCUGUGUUUUUCGGACCAUAGAGGUUUGAGAACAUACUUAACAAGUUGAACAAUUUGUGGUAGGAAGUGCUGACUUUGAAUAGUGUCUGGAAAUGUGCAUUCUCAACCAAACACAGAUUUUCAGCAUGCCUUGUGGUCAAAAGGACCAGUGAGAUCCUGAGGUUAGAAAUGGGAAUACUGUCAGGGAAGUAGUACUACUGUCUGUAUUUGACUUUGGUGUAACCUUUUGGAAGAAUAUUAUGCCAAAUUUCAGUAGUCACAAUUUUCAGUAAUGCUGGGAAGUUGGACAGAAAAGUCAUGAGAGCGAUAAAAGUAUUAAAAAGAAGCACUGGCAUCAGAGUCUCAACAAACAGAAUCUGCUUAGUUUAGUGAAAGAAGAAUCAGCCUAGAUGAAUCCUCUUUGGAGAAAAAUUGAUAAUAAUGAACUGUUCCACCUAACAGAGAAAGAUCCAGCAAGUCUAAGCAGAAGUCGGACAUGUUACAAAAAGAGAUAAAGGUACGUAACCGAACAGUAAGGUAUCCCUAGUCUGGACAUAUUAUAUGAUUUCCUGAAAAAAUGUGAUUUGAUAGAAAGAGGACUAAUUCAGACAAGUCAGACCCAUGUUACACAAGAGGUCAAACCAAACAAUCACAAGUCGUGUUUGGCUGCCCCAGGAGUAACUUGCCUGUUAACAAAAGCAUGAACAGCAUUUCACAGAGGUUUGAGAGCUAGAGAUUGUGAACUAAUUUCAGUUCUGCUGUGGUGUGAUCAGUACACAGAGGAAGUUGUGUGCUAAAUAGCCUACUGGAUAUGUUUAGCCUUGUUCUUUCUGUCUCCAGAGAAUUGCAAAUGGACUACUAAUGCACACCCUGACUUGACUCAUAGCUAUUAGGAUAUGCCUCAUUAGUUUUAAAUUUCAUUAUACAAUUCGGCUUGUGAUGGUUUGGGCUAUAUAUACUUUCAUUAUGAAAAUGAGGUGAACAGCACAGGAGGAAAGUGUCUGUGUAAAUGUCAGCUUUAUUGAAUGUAGCUAAUUAUUAUUUAUUUUUCCAAACUUUUUAAAGUUAGAGAUCUUUUAAAAUUUAUUAGAUAUUUUUGGACCCCUUUUCUCUCUGCUUUUACAAGCAACUUGCAAUGCAAUGGCCAUUUUCAAUUCAUUUUCAGCUCAUAACAAGAUUUAUAUGACAAAUGGGAAAAUCCAAUGCUUCCUUUUUGUGGUUAAACUUGAACUUUUAUAUACCAGUUAAAGCUUAGAGAAGGUAAAAUGUACUCACAGGUUCUGCUCUAGCAAUGUAUUUUGAUUAAAACAUAUUUGCUGGCGAUUGAAUCACGAACUCAGACUGGCAGGGAAUCUGAAUCGUUUCUUCAAAGAAGUGAGUCAGUUUUAUACACUUUUCUAAGGCACAGGAUUUCCUCAUAUGGCAUGACCUAUCCCGUAUUGACACAUCAGCAACACACUUCCUAAAUGCCCUUCUAUGGGAUGGUCACUCACUGUUCACUCGUCCGUCAGCUCCUGGCAGGCUCCUCUCCGUAGGGCUCUGCCGUGUGACGCCUCUUUCCCCAGGGUCCGGUAGAGACAAGCCUCUGUGUGCCACCAUGUGCUCCUUUGUGCUGCCAUGUGCCUCUGCAGGCAGGUUUUACAGCUCACAACCUAAUUCUCUAAUUCCCCAUAAUUCCCCCUUUUCUGUUUUAUACAAAUAAAAAUUAUGACAGUUAUUAAACAGGUAGAACUUUGAGAAACAACAUAAAGUUGUCUAAAGCUUUUACUAUCACUCAGAGUCUACAACUGCUGGAAGGUCUUGUUGAAUCUAGAGAAGACUUAGAAAGUCUUUCUUAGGCAAGACUUUUAAGUUUACUUUGAAAGAGGGUCCAGCUUUUGUAAGCUCAAAUUAGCAAGUCAAAAUGACUUGACUACACUUUUAGGGCAGAAACCCUUGGGUCUGAUGGUAUAAAUCCCUAGUCAGCCAAGGCUAGGGCUUGGCCAGAGCCUUAAGCCUUGACUGAGAGGGUUUCUCAAAAAUACUUAUAAAAUUGCUUAAAAACUUUAGUAAUAUCAUUCUGAAUGCGAUUGAAAAAUUAAGAACAUAUAAAAUUUUUUACAGUCUUUUGCGGGGGGUACACCCCAUCUCUGCAUUCCCCCUUUUCUGUUCUAACAAUAUGUAACAUGAACAUCUUUCAAUUUACCCAAUUCAGGAAAAUAUGGAACAUAACAUGCAGUUUUCUUACUAUGAACAAUAAAAUAAUACAUCUAACACAACAAGUGUGCACCAAGUAAAAAUAAGCAAGGUAAUAUCAUUAACUGCUUAAAUACUUCACUGUUUCACAGAAUAUAUAUAAAUCUAGGCUUUGGACAUUGCAAUUAUAAUAACAUUAACUUUUUAAGUGGUUUCAAAAGGUUUCAAAAGGUAACAAGUCUAAUUCUUGCUUAAAAAAAUAGCUUACAAAUUAUAAUUAUUUUCUAUCACAAAAAUCAAUCAGACCAAUGCAGGGUGUCACAAGGUGGUGUGGUAAAAAAAAGCAUUAGCUUGCAGCUGCUCUCGCACAAGCUGGUGCAAAUGCUGAAUGCUGCAGGCUCCCCCACCCCCGAGGAAGGGGCAGGAGACAGGAGCCCGGUUGUAGCGGCUUGAGUCUGGCUGUCCGUGUGGGUCCCCCUGGCCACGUGGGCCCCGCUGGCUGUGCGGGCCUGGGUGGCCGCGCAGCUCUGCAGAGGUCCUCUGGCAGCCGGCAGAGGUCCGCCAGCCCAUCUCUUCACCUCUUACAUGCAGAGAGCCGCCCAUGGCCCCCGCCUUGCGCUGAGCAGCUGCAGCCCCGCCAGCUUUCAGCGCCGCUGAUCCCGCCCAUCCACGGUGUGGGGGGCGGCCUCCGGGCGCGGCCGCCACGCGACUUUGCCAUGUGCUCGCCAGCGCUGUGCGGCCCCGCCAGGCGCUCGCCAGCGUGUGCCCUCUGCUGCCGCGCGCUUGCGUUCUACACUGCCGCAUCUGCCGCUGCUGCACUUCCGCAGAGGGCAGAGACAUAACGUGGUACCAGGGAUUAUCGCUGGCCAGUGUUCCUGCUGCUUGCAGCAGCACUUCAAGUCCCAUGGGGCUCACCGACGGACGCACAGAUAGGCUUAUAAUGAAUUCCUCACACGGGGCACCAUUUGCUGGCGAUUGAAUCUUUGACCCAGACCGGCAGGGAAUCUGAAUCUUUUAUUCAAAGGAGUGAGUUGGUUUUAUACACUUUUCUAAGACACAGUAUUUCCUUAUAUGGCGUGAUCUAUCCCAUGUUGCCACAUCACCAACACACUUUCUCAAUGUCCUCCUAUGGGGUGGUGACUCGCUGUUCACUUGUCUGUCAGCUCCCGGCAGGCUCCUCUCCAUAGGGCUCUGCCGUGUGACACCUCCUCCCCCAGGGCCCGGUGGAGACAAGCCUUUGUGUGCCGCCAUGUGCUCCUUUGUUCUGCCAUGUGCCUCUGCAGGCAGGUUUUACAGCUCACAACCUAAUUCUCUAAUUCCCCAUACAUGUUUUCUUUACAUUUUAAACUAAUUCACUAAAUUAUAUCUAAAUAGAGCAGGCAUUUAGGGGACUUUUUUACUAAGUAUCUGUGGCAAUCUGAUUCUGUUUAAAAUGGUAAUAAAUGCAUCCCAUCUCAUAAUGAAACCAGUGCUCCCUGCAUAAUUAAUUUGCAUUUUAUACAGAUGAGGAUGGGAAAGCCAUAUUCACAGUAGUUUUCAACCAGAAAGGUUAAUAAAAGGAUUCUAUGCAGUUCUGAAACACCGCAUAAGCGGCUCAUUUCUGCAAAACCAGUAUUUUGCAAGUGAAAGUUUUAGUGAAAUUUACCUGGAAUCGUUGUUCCAUACAGCUCUUAUCCACAAGGUGGCAUUCCUAACGGGGGUUUGCUAGACAUGGUCAUUUCUUGCAGUUUUUGAAGGGCUAUAAGUGAAAGGCAGUCAUAAGCAUUUGUAAUAUUAUACAAGCUUUUUAUGUUUUCAUUUUUAUAAAGUGUAAUUAAGAGUAAUUAAAGUCAGAAACCUUAAUGAUAAUUAGAUCAGUACUCAUUGAUUGUGGAGUAUCCAGAAAUAUGUGAUGGUUCCAGGUUAACAAAACAACACAUUCAUUCAUGGCAUUAUAUGCUACUAGAGACUUUUCAGCGGUAAAUCUGGAAUCAAUUUUGCUUUAAUGAAAGAGUCUAAAAUAAUAAUUUAAAAAUUCUCUAAAUCAAGAGCACAAAUAAUACCUAGGUCUUGUAUGCAAACCUCAGUGUUUGGUGUUUUGAAAAUGAUGUGGCAUAUGGGGAGCUUGUAGUGAGUUCUGGGUUAAGGAAGGGGAGAUAACAGUGUUCUUGGGAAAAAGCUGCAUAGAUUAUGUCUUACUCUGCAGGGGAGGCUUUUUCAUAGUUUCAUGUUACAAUGACCAAGCAACUUAUUUUCAUAUGCCUGUCAUCCAGGCUGAUAACUGAGCCUGCAGGCAGUUCUGCUUUUCUUCAGGCUUUGUAUAAUUUUCAGUUUCUUGUAAUCUUUGUAUGCUAAAUUCAAAUGCCUUGUUAUUCUUUUUCUUUAAAUACAAGUUUGAAGGGAGUAUAAUACAGCCUGCUAAACCAAUACAAGUGCACUAGAUUUUAUAUAACAGGGACAUGCAUAUUGUACUUUUCUCUCCUGUGGUUAAGGUCUUGAUCUUACUUUGCUUCUUUUGCUGACUCUGUAAGAUCAGACCUGAGCUAAAUAAUCAUUUAUAUUUCCAUUCUAGCUUGUGCCCUACUUGCAUUUUGGUUUGCAAAAAAAAGACAUAACCUAAAGUUUGUGCUUAAACUGUAAUCCAGUGAAAAUUGUGGAAUUUUUUCCAGGUCUAUUUCAAGUCAACAGAAAGGAAUAUGAGUAGAUUUUUGUUUGUUUGAUGUAUUGUUUUGUGGUAGCAAAACUUCUGUGGAGUCUUUCCUAACGCUUAAUUCCUGCUAAUUCCUCUGCUCCCUGUGCCGACUCCCACCGAUGCCUCAGCCCUCUGGGUUUGGUUCCUGUCACUUAACACAGCUGAAAGGACAGAGCAGCGGCUGCAUCCACGGCUGACACUAAUGACAGUCAUUGCUGAGUUAGUGGGCACUACUUUGACAUUAAGCAGAUGUUCUUUUUCCUAACAUGCUGUUGUACCUCUAUCAUCUCUCAAAGAUGAGUCUGCGAAAUAGAAUACGAAUUCCUAUUUACUGAAAGCAGUUGUCAGUCAAAAAAAACCCCACUUUCAGAAUAUUUAAGAUGGUAGAACCUACCUGCUUGUUGAAUCUGGCAAGCACUGUAGAAGCAAACCUUCUGAGUUGGUAGUAUCUCGUGCUGACUACCAGUAAAAUUUGAGGGCCUGAACAUCUACCACAUGCUACAAAUUUUAAAGAAAUGUGGUGAAAAUUACUAUUUCCAGGAUGUGGAAAUGGCUGGACAAAGAAAGUUAUACAUAACAAUUAUGAAGCAUUAAUGAGGAAGAAAAUUAUUUGUUGUUGUUGCCUUUCAGGUUAAGCUACACACUGGAUUUUCAUUACAGUAGUUAGGUGUAGCAGUAGGUGAGUAGAUGGGGGCAACAUUCUUCUGAGAAGAGCAAGAAGUCCCACAGGGGAGGUUUAGGAAAAACAAAUGUACGAAAAAACAAAUGGAAAGAAACAUUCUCCGCUCUGAUGGCUGCCAUGUGGAAAGGGCUUAUUGUGAAGGGCGGUCUGUAGAUAAAACUGUACACAGCUAUACAAGGGAACAGGUUAGUCAAGGUAAUGGCAGGGUUCAGGGUCCCCAAAAAUGCUGUAAUGUGUAGGGUGUGAUGGACAUCAGCAGGAGAAAUCAGUAGUCUGGAGCAUCGCUGAUGUUGCUUCUGGGACAUCUCAUGAUGUUGGAUCAGAUGGAUAUGUACUCCAACUCCCAGAAAUGGGGGAAAGAAAUUAUGCUGAAUUUGUCCUUUUGCCUGAGGGUCUCUCAGUUAUGUGACAGGGAUUAUAAAUUCAUAUAAACAAGCACUUGCAGGUAACACUGCCAGAAAAAAUGGCUGUACUGACUGUAGACAAAUAAUAGUCCUGAUACUUCAUGAUGGAUCUGGAAAUUACUUUGCUAGUACAAAGCACGUCAGGGGCUAAUUUGAUGCGGUUUAUUGCUUGCAAGAGGUGGAUUAUAAAUGUUUGGAAUUGCAUCUUAUGUAACUGCUGGUGGAUAAGCAUAGGUAUGAGUAAGUGUGAACUGGGAAAGGAAAAUUUGAUACUGGGAACUGUAACCACAAGUAUUAUCACUUCCCAUAUGUAACAAACUUAUGCCUAGGGCAAGGAAGCACAAUUACUGACAAGCUGUGUUUGCUCAUGCAGGUGAUUGUAUUGCUGUAAGUGAUGUAUCACUCUGGAUUACAUUUUUUGAUGAAAGACUUUUCUGGAAUGAUCGUACUCCAAAGAAACUUUGGAGUUGUUUGCCUUCAAUAGAUGACCAGGUCUGCCUUUUGAAAAUGUUAAAUUUGUAAAGUACUUCCCUGGGGGUUUUAAAUUGGUGGAAGACAAAGGGUCAUUAUUCAACAUGGAGGUUUGCUUCCUCAAGUUAGUCACAUAAUCUCUUUCAGUCUCUCCCUUUGACUUCCUCAGUCUCAGAAAUCUACAACUAUGUAUUUUAGAAAAUUAUCAGAUACUUAAAUAUUUAAUAUACUUCCAAAUUGUAUGAUUUUACUUUAUCUGUUAUCAAAAGAAUAUGCUGGAUUCUCUGAAAUUAUAUUGGGUGCUGAAGAUACACUGAUGAUUUCUGAAAACAGAAAAACUGUCCUCACUUCUUUUACAAAAGGCAAAACGAUGUUACAUUUUCAAACUGUUAAAUCUAGCUUUUAAGUCCUGAUUCCAGGAAGUGUGCAGCACCUGAAUUGCCAACAUCUUUGUUCAUUGUGCUCCUGGGUCACUGAUGGUAAAGUUCUUACUUUCUUAUGCAUUUCUAUUAUUGUGAAAAGAGAUAGUUUUACGUCUAGAUACCUUUCUUCUCAGAGGGAUCUGAAUGCAAAAUAGAGUUAUCCACUGUGUUAUUUUGUCCUGACACUAGAAUUACUUUACUCAAGACAAAUCAAACCUAAUACCCAGUCAACCCCUGUUCAAAAUACAGUGAUGAAGCUGAGCCAGAAGAUACUGAGUGCAAAGUGAACUUUUCAGUACUGUAUAGAGCCAGUAUAAAAGCUAGUUGAAAACUACUUCACAAACUACUAAGAUCUCUGUAGUGCCCAAUAUCAAACAAAUUGUUACUCAUUUCUGCAAGGCACAGCUGACAGCUGGUGGAAGAAAUAUAAAUCACUUUUUAAAAAAAUCUGUCCAAAAUAAAAUUUGCCUUCUGUGAGCACUUAGCUUGUUGUGCUAAGCCUCAGGGUGGAUCUCCCUGAAGAGUGGAUCUCCCAUGUCCCAUGGUGGUGGCUCUUCGGUCAGUUCAGGGACAGCAGAAGCAUCAUCUUCAUUUAUGAGGUUUUUUCCCGUGUAUUAAUUGCAUGAUCUGCUUCAUAAAUCAACUUACAUUUAAAUGGAACAGCUUAAAAGUAAUUGUGCAGCUGAGCAACUGAUGAGUUAUUGUGCCUUAUGGCUGUGUGGGUAAGGACCAAAAAGACAAAAAUUGGUCUCUUUAACCUCCAAUGUCCCUUAACUCUCCUCCAAUGAGUUUCCUGUCACUUUAAUUUAAGAUGUAUUUUGAUCACCUUAUGAAAGCAAUUCUAUGAUGCAUGUAUCUCCAGUUCCCCAGAAACAAUUGGCCAGUCCUGUGUUCCUAAAUUCCCUUCUGUAUAUUGCCUUUCCUUUUUCCUUUUUUGAUAGCUGUAAUAGAUGUUGUUAGGGAUGAUGCUGUGUGUAGAUCUGGUUUUAGAGGAUAGACAGAAGAAAUAAACAAUAUUUGGAGUGUCAUUGAGACCACCUUGGUAAUUUUUUUUUGCUUGCAAAGCAGAUGUCUCCGUUAUGCACUCAAAUUCUUCACCACCACCCAUUAUCAUAAAGUCUUUUUAGCAUAACUAUUUUUUAAUUCUCUGAGCUUUUUCAUGGCACAAUUUAAAAUCAGUCUUUGUAGGAUAAAUUUCAGUUUAUAUUACAACUCAAAAUACAAGAAUCAUAAUUUUUUUUUUUAAAUCUUGUAAUAAGAAUUUUGCAGUUAAUGUAAUUAAGUUCCUUUCAGGCUAAUACUUGGGCUGCAAAUCAAGAGUUUUAUUUUCCUUUUGCAAUCAGGUACCCUUUGAAAUGUUCACACUUAAGUUCUGUGAACUGUGUUGUCAUUCUGUGUUGUGACACUGUUGUCACUCUACUUCUGUCAGCAGGAUUUUAAAAACUGCCAUGAGUUCUGACUGGAAGGAAAAGUGUAUGUAUGCAACAAUUUUCAGUGGAAAGGAAAACUAGAAGACAUUAUUUUGUUAUUAUAACUUCACCUAAGAGGAGAAGAGGUGCAUAUGUAUGUGUGUGGAUAUUUGAUAAGUUUAUAUCUUUCUCAGAAAGCUUCAAAGUCAUGAUUUUUGCAACACUUCAACUUGAUAUGGAGAUGCUGGGGUUUUUUUCCCCCACCUUACUCCUACCCAAAUUCAUUAGUGAAUGACACAAAAAUUUUAAAAAUCAGACUUCACUAUGUAGAAAGUAAAAAAUGGUGGGGGGAAAGAGCAGCAAAAAUCAGAUCCAGUGAAGACUCAGAAGCUGGAUGCAAUUCUGCUGAGUAUCUGUAAUUUAAAGCCCAAGACUGAAAUUCUGACCACUUAAACAAGUCCUUUAACCAUGGCCAUGACUAAGGCUUCCCCUAGCCUUAAGAUCCUACUAUAAAAGUGGAGCUGUCGUUUUCUUGAGAGAUUUGUGUACAUGCCUGCUGCAGUGAGGCUAGGUACCACGGAAACAGCUUUUGCGGGGGGGCAGGGGCGGUGCUGAGAGGAGUGGUUCUACUUCUUGUCUGGCAAUAAUUCUGAGCUAAAAGAGGAAGAAAGCAUUAAAAUUUUUAUUUAAACCCUCAAAAAUUGUGUUUAACAUGGAAUGAGCAUUUAUAGUUUAGCAGUCUGUUUAUCUGAGACUGUAUGAUUUUAUGUAUAUGCACAUGUAUAUAUAAUGUACAUGUAUACAGAUUGUAUAUGUAUUUCAGUUUGUUGUGUGCAUGGAAUAUCGUGCUCACUGGAUCAUUGUGACCCAUCUUGACUGAUACAUCUCAGAUCAUGUGCUGAAAGAGAUGUGCAUCCCCGUGAAGGAAGAGAUGUGCAUCCCUGUGGGUACCAGUCUGCUGCAUCAUCACAUCCAGAUGGGAUCUGGCCGAUGCAGUUGUCCUUCCUACUCAAUGUGAGUUUGAUGUCACAGAGGGACCACACAACUUCCCUGAGCUGUGCUGUCAGGUUCAGGGCAUCCGCAGCCCAGGGCUCCAGCUGGCCUUGACCCUUGGCUGGUUUUGUGUAGCUCUGUUGCCUGACCCUGGUUCACCAUCACUGAGGAAGCUGUUGCUGAGCUCUGAGAGUUUGUAAACUGAAACCAUGCAAGAUAAGAAAAGUAAAACCAGGCAGAACUGAGUGUGCUGAGCUGGGAACACUCUCAGGGAUUGGGCACAAAUACUGGUGGGGAAUCUAAAAAUCUGAGGGAGAAAGCAAAGACUUAGAAGAUGGCAUCUCUGCAACUAUGAGGACUUGAACUGAUUUACUGGAGUAUUUUGACAUGAAUGAAAGACCUUUCUUAUUAAAGUAUGCAACACCAAUAAAAAGCAACAGAAACCA